UUGAAUACAAUUAUCUAUUCCGAGUUCCUUGAAAUCUUUUCAGUAAUGAAAACAUCAAAAUUCAUUUCUUCUAAAUGGAUGGUAUUAGGUCUUGUAUUGGUUUUGGGAACUAUUGCUCCCCUCGCUGAAGCUCGAGCUUUCUUUGUAUUUGGUGAUUCACUUGUCGAUAGUGGCAACAAUAACUACUUAGCAACAACUGCUCGUGCCGAUGCACCACCUUAUGGAAUUGAUUAUCCUACUCGUCGAGCAACAGGUCGUUUCUCUAAUGGCCUCAACAUUCCUGAUAUCAUUAGUGAGCAGAUUGGUCAAUCCGAACCUCCACUGCCAUACUUGAGUCCGGAGCUUACUGGACAAAGGCUUCUAGUUGGUGCCAAUUUUGCUUCAGCAGGGAUAGGAGUUCUCAAUGACACUGGAAUCCAAUUUUUAAACAUUAUUAGAAUGUUUAGACAAUUGGACUACUUCGAGGAAUACCAGCAUCGAGUGAGUGCUCUGAUUGGAGCUCAAGAAACUCGUCGACUUGUGAACCGAGCUCUUGUACUCAUCACCGUUGGUGGCAACGAUUUUGUGAAUAACUACUACUUGGUUCCUUUCUCUGCACGAUCUCGCCAAUUUGCUUUGCCAGAUUAUGUUAAAUAUGUCAUCUCAGAGUACAAAAAAUUACUAAAGAGGCUAUACAAAUUGGGAGCACGUAGAGUUCUUGUGACAGGUACCGGACCAUUGGGUUGUGUUCCGGCUGAACUGGCGAUGCAUGGAACAAAUGGUGGAUGCUCCGCGGAACUACAAAGAGCUGCAGCCUUGUACAAUCCACAACUCGUCCAAAUGCUAAAACAACUAAACAGAGAAAUCGGUAAAACCGUGUUUAUUGCGGUAAAUACACAACAAUCGCACAUGGAUUUCGUCAGUAACCCUCAAGCUUAUGGAUUUACGACAUCAAAGGUAGCUUGUUGUGGACAAGGACCAUACAAUGGGCUUGGCCUAUGCACUGGAGUGUCUAAUUUGUGUCCGAAUCGUGACCUCUAUGCAUUCUGGGAUCCAUUUCAUCCUUCCGAAAAGGCAAAUAGAAUCCUCGUUCAACAGAUUAUGACCGGCUCUACCAACUACAUGACCCCCAUGAAUCUCAGCACUAUCAUGGCCUUGGAUUAAUUAUCGCCCAUUUCUUCAUUUCGAUAUUGUAUUUUUUUUUAAUUGAUUUGUCUGUUUUUAAGCGUGUGGAUGUUCAAAGUCUAAGUUACAAAUAAAAUUAAGGGUGAGUUUGGGGUUGUUAUCGCUUCUCCCAUAACCACUUAUUUCAUAAUCUAUAACUCAAAUAGUGUUUGGUAAACAACUCUGAAAGUGAUUAUACAACAA